AUGGCCCAACAUUGGUAUAGUCGCCUACCCCCUAAUUCUAUCUCUUGUUUUGCUGACUUGAGCAGGGCUUUCAUAGGGCAAUUUGUUGGAAGCAAAACACAUGCUAAGAGCUCGGCCUCCCUAAUGAAUUUGCAUCAAGGUAAGAACGAAUCGCUCCGAGAGUAUAUGAAUCGUUUUACCAAAGAAGCCUUGAAGGUCCCAGAUCUAGAUCAGAAGGUAGCCAUGAUUGCACUCCAACAAGGCACCACUGAUGACAAUUUUCGCCGAUCUCUAGCCAAGAGGGCUCCGGACAAUAUGAACGAUUUACAGGAAAGAGUCGGGAAGUAUAUAAAGGCGGAGGAAAGUUUGAGAAAAUCCCAGAACAAUCAGGGACCGAAUACUAACUUCAAGAAGCGUGGGAAUGAUACGGAGUAUAAUGCUGAGAAUAAGUACUCCCGGAAGGACGAUGAGGGAAAAUCGCCUGCUAAAAAGAAGAUGGGGCCGAGGUUUACUGAGUAUGCCAGGCUUAACGCCCCGAGAAGUCAAAUCCUGUUGGAGAUUGAGAAGGACGAAAGUGUUAGAUGGCCGAAGCCUAUAAGGACUGAUCCGGAGAAACGUAACAAAGAUUUAUAUUGUCGAUUCCACAAAGACACAGGACAUAAGACCGAUGAUUGUCGGCAGUUGAAGGAUGAAAUUGAAUUCUUGAUCCGAAGAGGCAAGUUGUCCAAAUUCACCAAGGAUGGAGACAAAAAUUAUCGAGACAAUGACAACCGUGGAAGAGACAAUGAUGAUAAGAGAACUCAGCCUAGAGGGCCUGUUAUUAAUGUGAUCUCCGGAGGACCUACAGCCGCUGGUACUUCCAGUAACUCGAGAAAGGCUUAUGCGAGAGAAGUAAUGAGUAUAGUUGGAGAACCCCCGAAGCGGGCAAAAAUUGACUAUGCAAUGGCAUUCGAUAACGUCGACCUUGAGAAGGUAAAGUUUCCCCAUGAUGACCCCUUAGUAGUAACACCAGUGAUUGGCAACUCGUCCGUAAAGAGAGUGCUCAUUGAUAAUGGAGCCUCGGUGGAUAUUUUGUUCUAUGAUGCCUAUGAAAAGAUGGGAUACUCCGAUAAUCAACUUACACCCUCGGAUAUGCCUAUAUAUGGCUUCAACAAUGUGGAAACCAAGAUUGAAGGCAUGAUCCAACUCCCUGUAACUAUGGGUACCGAACCUAGACAAGCCACAUGCAUGAUAAAUUUCUUGGUUGUUAAAGCUUCGUCUACCUAUAAUGCCAUCCUUGGAAGGACCGGGAUACACGCUUUUAAGGAAGAUCUGAAACAAAAGCUUGUGAGGUUCUUGAGGAACAACCGUGAUGUUUUCGCUUGGACAGCGGCUGAUAUGCCAGGUAUCGAUCCCUCAUUCAUGACCCAUAAGUUGAAUGUAAACCCCGAAAGGAAACCUAUUAAGCAGAAGAAGAGGAACUUCGCCCCUGAAAGGCAAGAAGCCAUUAAACAGGAGGUCGAUAAGUUGUUAGAAGCGGGUUUUAUCGAAGAGAUACAAUUUCCAGAAUGGUUGGCCAACCCUGUCAUGGUCAAGAAAGCUAAUGGGAAAUGA